GAACGGGAAUGGAGAAAGGAGCCGGCCGACCCCACCCACUCGCUCACGCACUCCAUGUCGUUGGCUGCCGCCACAUCUGAGCUCCGUGGGCCGAGGCACGCGCUCCCCCGUAAGCCGUUUCUCAUCAGUACUGGUCGCAACCGCCGCUCCCGGGAACCGACCACAUAUACUGUAGUACGUUGGUUACCAGUCCUCUUCUUCCCCGCGCAUGGCUGCCAGCGCAUCGCCAACACAAGAGUACAAGGCCGCGACAACCUCAGCGCGCGCGCAAACAUCGGCUCUGUUGCUCUUCCUUGACAGAUCGCCCCCGAGGAUCCCCAAUUCCCCAGCCGUCCUUCGCCCGCCGACACCAUGUCCAUUCCAGAGUCGCAUUAUCUGUCCCCCGUCUGGCGCGAUGGCCUCUUCAAGGACCGCGUGGUGUUUGUGACGGGAGGUGCUGGCACCAUUUGCAGCAUGCAAACAAGGGCCCUCGUUCGCCUGGGUGCCAACGCCUGCAUCAUCGGCCGCAGCGAGGGUAAGACUGAGGAGGCGGCCAGGGACAUCGCAAAGGUCCGGCCCGGCGCCAAGGUCAUUGGCAUUGGCGGUUGCGAUGUCCGCAAGAUGGAGAGCCUCCAGGCCGCCGCCGAUCGGUGCGCGCGCGAGCUAGGAUCCAUCGACUUCGUCAUCGCCGGAGCUGCCGGCAACUUCAUCGUGUCGCUCGACGGCAUGAGCUCCAACGCCUUCAAGUCCGUCAUGGACAUUGACGUGCUUGGAACCUUCAACACCAUCAAAGCCACCAUCCCACACCUGCUCAAGAGCUCGUCGCCCCGCAUCAUUUACGUCUCGGCAACGUUCCACUAUACGGGCAUGCCCCUGCAGGCCCACGUUUCGGCCGCCAAGGCGGCAGUCGACUCCCUCAUGGCCUCGGUGGCCCUCGAGUACGGGCCUCGUGGCGUUCAGAGCAACGUCAUUUCUCCGGGGGCCAUCGAAGAGACGGAGGGCACCGCCAGACUUGUGAGCUUGGACGAGACGGUUCUCGCGCGGUAUGCCGCAAAGAUCCCUUCGGGCCGCCUCGGCACGGUUCGCGACGUCGCCGACGCGACCGUCUUCCUCUUCUCCGAGGCUGGUACCUACAUCAAUGGCCAAGUGAUUCCUGUCGAUGGCGCCGCCUGGAGGAGGCAAGGUGCGUCGACCAUGGGCGGGGACAAGUCUAUGGAGUAUCCCAACUACCUUUUGUCCACGGAGCCCCCCAAGGGCAUCAAGGACACGAGGAAACACAAGCUGUGAUGCGGGGAGCGAAACCACAAGGGCAUGCAUGGCAGGAUCCUAGUGUGGGGCAAGGAGCGGAUUGUACUUCUUUUUAAUUGGAAAACGGCAGGCCAUUGCAUCUGGUCAAGUAAUGGCAGGCGAAGCUUUUUUUUUUGUUCUGCC